CAUACAUUGUUUUGUAUAUACUGUAUAUGAUGACUUCAGUGGGCAGUGAACGUACCCGGGGCACUCGGGACAAAAUGCAAAUUUCAGCUGCACAGCCAACACAACCACAGAAGCAAGUCGUACAGGCAACAGCGGAACAGAUUCGCCUUGCUCAGAUGAUCUACGAUAAGAAUGACGCAGAUUUUGAAGAUAAAGUGAAACAACUUAUGGAAGUGACGGGGAAAAACCAGGAUGAGUGCAUAGUGGCACUACAUGAUUGUAAUGGGGAUGUGAACAGAGCAAUCAACAUACUGCUGGAAGGAAGUUCAGAUACGACUUCUUGGGAGACUGUAGGGGGAAAGAAGAAAAGCCUUGGAAAGGAAGGUUCAGAAAACAGAGAGAACAGAGAGAAACGAGGGGACAGAGAAGUGAGUCGUGGACGGGGAACUUCCAACAGACGGGGAAGAGGAGGCAGCCGUGGCCGAGAGUUUAGAGCUGAAGAGAAUGGAGUGGACAACAAUCAAGGAGACAGGCCUUCAGACCGUGGGAAACGUGUCCGUGGGAGAGGGUUUGGACGUGGCAGAGGGAGAGGAACGGGGAGGUUUUCAGCCCAAGGCAUGGGGACAUUUAACCCUGCUGACUAUACGGCGUCUUCUGCCACUGAUGGCUUUGGGACAAAACCAGAGAUUUGGGAGACUGGUCAGAAUGAUGCAGAUGAUGGAACUGGAGCAUGGAAAAACUCAAUAGAAGAAUGGACAGCCGAAGACUGGAAUGAGGAUCUUUCUGAAACGAAAGUCUUCACAGCUUCAUCUGUUCCAGCUGAGAAUCAUGUGACUCCAGGACAAAGCAUUGAUUUAGUGACACUCCUUCAAAAGCCAGUGACAUCUACCCAGGAGGCAGAAGGAAACUCAUUUGAGUCUCCCCAGCAGCAGACCUUUGGCCAAGCCUUAGUCUUCACAAAUUCUCAGCACAGCACCCAGAUGGCAUCAGGAACUGCUGGCUCCAGGGUUGUAAACUCUUACUCUCCCCAAAGUCUGUCUACAGUUCUUUGUUCUGGCUUUGGAGAACUCAGAUCCUCUAAACUGGCAAACUCUACUGGUUCCCAAAUCUUGGAUCAGUUGAAAUCUCCAGGGUUGGGUCAGUUUUCCUCUGAGCCAAACAACAGUAGUUCUGCCACCACUGGCACAGCUGCUGCAUCAUCCUGGGAUCUAAAACCACCUAUUCCUCAGUCCUCAGUCCUCGGUCAGUUUGACUUCAAAUCCCAGCCUGACCCAUCCCCAGUUCUCAGCCAGCUGACACAGCGACAGCAACAACAAAUGCAGGUGGUUCCUGUUCCUCCUCCUGGGCUGGAGUCAUCCUCCUCCCAAGUGAAACUCCAAGAGCCAUCACCAGUGGACACCUCUACAGCUGUUAGCAAAAUGUUACAGCUCCCCACUGUAUCUAUGGAUAACCAGGCAGUGACUGUCCAUCAGACCCAGCACAAACAGAUAAAACCACCAAAACGGAGGAUAGCUCCAGCAUCCAAGAUUCCUGCCUCUGCAGUGGAGAUGCCUGGAUCAGCAGAUGUGACAGGGUUAAAUGUUCAGUUUGGAGCUCUUGAGUUUGGAUCAGAGCCUACGCUCCCAGAGUUUGGAUCAACUUCAAGCAGUGAGAAUCCCAGCCAGUCGACCAACAAUAGCUUAUACUCAAAAUCUGUAAAUGAUCCUUUGAAUACCUCUUUGCCAAUAUCCAAUACAGUACAGGAGUCCACCUACACAACCUCUGCCAUCAGCUCUUCCAGCCUGACCUGCUCAUCCCAGAGCACUAGCCCAGUAACAACUUCCUCCUAUGACCAGACUUCUGUGCAUAGUAGGAUAGCGUACCAAAGCUCCAUGGCUCCGUCUGAUUCAACCCCUGUUGCAGUUACGAACGGACACAGCAGUGUUAGAACACAGGCAACCCUUGACACACCUAAGACAGAGCCUUCUCCUUCACUACCUUCAGCUGGUUCUCUGCCCAGUGUGGUGUCCACCACAGCCUCGAUUCUGCCUUCAGCAUCUCAGCACGUGGCAGCAUUGGCCAGCUUGCCUCAGUCCAGUGAUCUGGCCAGCAGCUCACUCUCCCAAUUAAGCAGCUCCCUUUCCAAUCAUCAGAGCAGCCUCUCCCCUGUUUCAGUGUUGUCUUCAGGCACAUCACAUGUGCAUACUAGUAUUGAGAACACGACAUCGCUCCAGCCCUCAACAACCUUUUCAGCUGCUUCAACCUCAGCCACUAGCACCACAUCCUCAGUUAUCAGCAUGGCAAGCAGUAUGAACACUACAAACAGCCUUGGCCUGAGCGUUACCAGUGUGUCUAUACAAGCUUCUACCACACGGGCAGCUCCCUUAGUGUCUUCAGGCAAAGCUCCCCCAAACCUGCCCCAAGGUGUACCACCCUUGUUGCAUAACCAGUAUAUUGUGGGACCUGGAGGACUACUGCCUGCCUACCCAAUUUAUGGUUAUGAUGAUCUUCAGAUGCUUCAAUCCAGGCUGCCAAUG